AUGUUGAACCUUCUGGGUCAUGAGAUGUUGCUGUGGUUACCUCAAGACUUGCUCACAGAAAUCCGAUCUGACCCGGAAAUACUCAUUAUCGUGGCCCACGAAAUUUCGAAAAUGCAUAAAUUUGCAGGCUUGAACCCUUACUUCCACAUCUUUAUAACACUGCAAGCGUUCCAUAUCGAAAGAUUGAACGAAAUGUUGGUAGUACCAUCCCUUGGUCGAGUUGUCUUGAAAAUCCCGCCAACCGUAGCAUUGCGCUGCCCAAGGUCCUUAAGCUCAUGGCCACAUGCUCCGACCAGAGCUGUACAAGAUCGAAGCAAUACAGCAAAACCUUCCUCUGGCGCAGCGGCAGUGUAUCCAACCGUGCUCUCUGUCGAGUCAGAACACGAGUCCGAAAUACCGAGUGCGACCGUCUUGUCCAAGCUUAACCUCUUCGGCUUAUGGCGCGACGAGCCCGAAACUAAGGGAACCGACUACCAAUUGAGCAGACACCUAACCCGACGAGCCCAAGAAGGCCGGCGACGGCAGGGACUCCGAGUGCCGCCUAAGGAAAAUAAUGGCGGCACAGCCACUCAAGUUCCUGUGGGCGAAGGCGGCUUGGGAGUUUGGUUAUCUCAGGAGUAUGCUGAGCAGGAGGAGAAUGGCACCGAGAAAGAAGGUAGAGUGGUAGAAGAAGGAGGUUCACGGAGUGAUGGGCAGAUAGCAGAUAGCUAUGGCGGGGACAGGGGUGAUAAUGGCGGUGGAUAUUAUGGCGGAAGCGGUAGAGGCGGCGGUGGUGAUGGUAAUAGGCACAAUGAGGAUCAAAUUUGUACUUGA